AUGGCACCGGGAGCGUGGGUGAGGGUCGUAUCGCUUCUGGCCUUGUUAUCCUACUUGACGGAGACACAAGGGGGCGCUGUUCAACAACUCUGCGGACUGCACCUGGUGGAGGCUCUUAUUUUAGUUUGUGAAGGCAGAGGCUUCUACAACAAACCAAUAAAAGGUCCAGACGCGGUGGGCAAGCAUAACGGUGCAAAGAAUAAAGUCGGAAUAGUGGAGAAGUGUUGUCACCAAGCCUGUUCUUAUCACCAACUCCAGCAGUAUUGUAACUAA